AUGUUAGGGGAGAUGAGGCGUAUGUUGAGGGCUGAAUUAGAACCUAUUCACGAAAGGUUGGACAGGGUAGAAGCAGAAACUCCUAGCGGCCAACAACAUGACAUCCACAAUAGGCAGCAUGGUGUGCGUGGUCCGUGGCGGAAUGUUGAUGGAGAGCCGGAGUCGGAGGUGUUUGAUGAGCAAUAUUUGAACCGAGGCAGGAUUGAGCGUGGGUAUAGAAAUAGAGAAGCUAGGAUGGGUAGGGCUAGGAGGGAUAACGAUUUAGGAAAUAUAAAGAUUAAAAUCCCAUCUUUUCAAGGUAAAAAUGAUCCCGAAGUUUAUUUGGAGUGGGAAACUAAAAUGGAGAUGGUUUUUGAUUGUCACAACUACUCAGAGAUAAAGAAGGUUAAGUUGGCUGCAAUUGAAUUUACGAAUUAUGCCAUUGUGUGGUGGGAUCAAUUACUGAUUAAUAGGAGGAGGAAUAGAGAGCGACCUGUGGACACUUGGGAGGAAAUGAAAAUGCUUAUGAGGAAGCGUUUUGUACCCAGCCACUAUUAUAGGGGAUUGUAUCAAAAAUUACAGAGGUUAAUUCAAGGAUCUAAAAGUGUGGAUGAGUAUUACAAAGAGAUGGAGGUAGCUAUGAUCUGGGCUAAUGUAGAAGAGGACCGGGAAGCCACCAUGGCUAGGUUUUUGCAUGGUUUAAAUCGUGAGAUUGCGGAUAUAGUCGAGAUGCAGCACUAUGUUGAGUUGACAGAUAUGGUGCAUCAAGCCAUAAAGGUGGAGGAACAAUUCAAACGAAAGGGAUUGGCUAGGAGGGGACUGCCUAUGGCUACAACCAGCUCGUGGAAGACAACUCCAAAAAGGGAUGAGCAGCAACAAAAUAAGCCAAAAUUUGAAUCCUCUAAGAAUGCCAACUUAAAGACCGCCACUACUUCAGGUACAAUCGAGACUUCAAGUUCUAAAACACGUGAUAUUAAAUGUUUUAAAUGUCAGGGGCGCGGACAUAUAGCCAGCCAGUGUGUAAACAAGAGGGUGAUGGUGAUAAAUGUCCAAGGAGAGCUUGAGUCAGAAAAUGAGGAAGAAGUAGAUAAUGAUGAUAUGCCAUCUAUGGAGGAUGCUGACGAUGAGCAAAAUGCUGUGGUUGGAGAUUUAUUGGUUGCAAGGCGAGUUCUCAAUGUGCAGGUUAAGGAGGAAGAAAGUAACCAAAGGGAGAACUUGUUUCAUACUCGGUGCUUUGUAAAUAACAAAUGGUUGAAUGAAUGUGGGGAAAUCAAGGUGACAAGACAAGUGUUGGUGGCAUUAUCCAUUGGCAAAUAUGAGGAUGAGGUGCUUUGUGAUGUGGUUCCUAUGCACGCAUGCCAUUUACUAUUGGGAAGACCAUGGCAGUAUGAUCUGAGGGUUACGCAUGAUGGAUUCACAAAUAAGUAUUCCUUCACUCUUAAUAGGCAACCUAUUACUCUUGUGCCAUUAACUCCAAAACAGGAGUUUGAAGAUGUCCUUUCUGAAGAGGUACCUUAUGGUUUACCUCCAAUCCGAGGGAUUGAACAUCAAAUUAAUUUCAUACCUGGUGCAUCAAUUCCAAACCGACCUGCUUAUAGGAGUAAUCCCGAGGAGACCAAGGAACUUCAGAGGCAAAGAGGAAUUGAGGUGGAUGAGGAAAAGGUGAAGGCAAUCCAAGAGUGGUCAACGCCUACAACAGUGAGCCAAGUGAGGAGUUUCCACGGCUUAGCUAGCUUCUAUAGACGGUUUGUGCGUGAUUUUAGUAGCUUAGCCGCCCCUCUUACUGAAGUCAUCAAGAAAAAUGUGCCGUUUAAGUGGGGAAAAGAACAAGAAAAGGCAUUUAGUCUGAUCAAAGAAAAGUUAACUAAUGCACCUUUGCUUGUUUUACCUAACUUUGCUAAAACUUUUGAAAUUGAGUGUGAUGCUUCAGGCAUAGGUAUUAGAGCUGUUUUGAUGCAAGAAGGCCGUCCAAUUGCUUAUUUCAGUGAAAAGUUGAGUGGGGCAGCCCUAAAUUACCCUACUUAUGAUAAGGAGAUGUAUGCCUUGGUGAGGGCUUUGGAAAAUUGGCAACACUAUCUAUGGCCAAAGGAGUUUGUGAUUCACACAGAUCAUGAUUCGGGCUAA